CGGGGGCCAGGCUGGGGCAGCCGCGAGGGACCUGGGGGGGCGCUGGUUUUGGCCCCGCCUGGGGCAGGAUGGUGAAUCUGGAGCCCAUGCACACAGAGAUCAAGAUGAGUGGGGAUGUUGCAGAUUCAACGGAUGCCCACAGCACCUUCAGCCAGGUGGAGUCAGGAAAUGAUCGAAAUGGCCUAGAUUUCAACCGACAGAUUAAGACAGAGGAUCUGGGUGACUCUCUACAGCAGACCCUUUCCCACAGGCCAUGCCACCUGAGUCAAGGGCCUACCAUGAUGCCUGGAAACCAAAUGUCUGGGGACAUGGCUUCUCUCCAUCCACUCCAACAGCUUGUGCUAGUCCCUGGUCACUUACAGUCUGUAUCCCAGUUCCUGCUUUCCCAGACCCCACCUGGACAGCAAGGUCUGCAGCCGAAUCUUCUCUCCUUUCCACAGCAACAAAGCACUCUACUCCUCCCACAGACAGGGCCUGGCCUCGCCUCCCAGGCAGUUGGACGCCCUGGGCUGUCGGGAUCCUCUUUAGAGCCCCAUCUGGAAGCCCCUCAGCAUCUACCAGUGCCCAAACAUCUACCUGGCCCUGGAGGGACUGAUGAGCCCAGUGACCUGGAGGAACUGGAGAAGUUUGCCAAGACCUUCAAGCAGAGGCGCAUUAAGCUGGGCUUCACACAGGGAGAUGUGGGACUGGCAAUGGGGAAGCUGUAUGGUAAUGACUUCAGCCAGACUACCAUCUCUCGAUUUGAGGCCCUCAAUCUGAGCUUCAAGAACAUGUGUAAACUCAAGCCACUGCUGGAGAAGUGGCUGAAUGAUGCAGAGUCCUCCCCAUCAGACCCUUCGGCAAACACACCCAGCUCCUACCCUACUCUCAGCGAAGUAUUUGGCAGGAAGAGGAAGAAACGGACCAGCAUCGAGACCAACAUCCGCCUGACACUUGAGAAGCGAUUUCAAGAUAACCCUAAACCCAGCUCAGAAGAGAUUUCCAUGAUCGCAGAGCAGUUGUCCAUGGAGAAGGAGGUGGUCAGGGUCUGGUUCUGCAAUCGACGGCAAAAGGAAAAGAGAAUCAACUGCCCUGUGGCCACGCCCAUCAAGCCACCCAUCUACAACCCCCGGCUGGUCUCUCCGUCAGGAUCUCUGGGUGCCCUCUCUGUCCCUCCUGUCCACAGUACCAUGCCUGGAACAGUAACGUCAUCCUGUUCCCCUGGGAACAACAGCAGGCCUUCGUCUCCUGGCUCAGGACUCCAUGCCAGCAGCCCCACAGCAUCUCAAAAUAACUCCAAAGCAGCAAUGAAUUCCUCCUCCGGCUUUAACUCCUCGGGACCGUGGUACCGUUGGAAUCAUCCCACCUACCUCCAUUGAGGCCAAAAACUUCCUCCAGUUCCACCUGGCCCCUUAUUCUCACCAGGACGCAGGGAGUCAUGCCUUCCAUGAAUGGACAGACUACUUGGGAAUGGGUGGGACAAACAGCCACUGCUGAAGAGCAAACCCACAUUCUUGCCUUCUCGGGGAUCCAGAGACUCCAGAGAACCAAACUGUGACUGCAGACCACGCUGAUGCCUCAGGCUCUUGAUAAUCCUGCUGGGAGUUUACUGUGUUCUGCCGUGCCUGUGGCCACCUCCUUGCUCUAAUGUUUUUGAUGGCUUCACUGUGGCUUCAUCUCUCAGAGAAAGGCCUUGUGCCAUUGACUUCUGGGGACAGCCAUUAGCUCAGUGCGCCAAGCUGUAAGAAUGGUAGAUCAUGGUUUUGACUCUGCCCUCGGCCACAAUCCUGAACAGAUCGCAAAUUCUGUGGAAAGACUGAAAUCUCGCCUUCCACCAAAGCCUUAUUUUGUCUAAUUAGCACAGUUUCUAGUUUUGCCUCAUUUUCUUUUAUUCUUGCUCCCUUUUCUACAACCGAAUGCUUCCAUUCUUGUGUCCUACAAAGUCCCUUCCUCUCUGCAGAUGGCAGAGCUACCCUUUGGCCAUAUACUUCCAUACACAGGUAUUCUUUGUUGCCCACAUACACCCAAGUUCAAAAAUACUUGUCUUUUCUCUGUUCCCUGUGUUUCUGUUUGUCCUGCCCCCUCUCCUUUCUCCUGACUAUAGAAAAUUGAGGAAUCUGAGCGAGAGAGAGGGAGGGAGAGAGAGAGAGAGAGAGA